AUGGGGGAUCCGGCGACGUGUCAGAUUGGCAUUAUCGGAAUGGGCGAUAUGGGGCGGCUGUACGCGCUGCGCCUUCGUGAUGCGGGGUGGCAGCACGUCAACGUGUGUGAUCGCCCGGAGAAGUACGAGGCGCUGCAGCGCGAGUGGGAGGGCACCGGCCUCACGGUGCUCCGGGACGGGCAUCUCGUGUCGCGCCAGAGCGACUUUAUCGUGUACUCCGUCGAGGCCGGCAACAUCCACAGCGUCGUGAAAGAGUAUGGGCCCUCGACCAAGGUCGGCGCCAUCGUCGCCGGCCAGACGAGCGUCAAGGCGCCGGAACGCGAGGCGUUUGAGACGUACCUGCCGCGUGACGUGUACAUUGUGUCGUGCCACUCGCUGCACGGCCCGCACGUCGACCCUCGCGGGCAGCCACUCGUGCUGAUCCAGCACCGCGCGCCGGACGAGAAGAUGCGCCUGGUCGAGCGGAUUCUCGCGUGCCUCGAGUCUCGCUACGUGUACAUGAGCUACGACGAGCACGACACCGUCACGGCCAACACGCAGGCCGUGACGCACGCGGCCUUCCUUACGAUGGGCACGGCCUGGGCACAGCUGCAGGCCUACCCGUGGGCCACCGGCAAGAACCCCGGUGGCAUGGAGACGGUCAAAAUUUACCUGUGCCUGCGCAUCUACGGCGCCAAGUGGCACGUCUACGCCGGCCUCGCCCUGCUGAAUCCGCAGGCGAGUGUACAGGUGACGCAGUUCGCGAAGAGCGCGACGGCCCUCUUCCAGCUCAUGCUCGAGGGCCGGUACGACGCGCUCGCCGCCCGCGUCAUGGCCGCCCGCCGCAGCGUCUUUGGCUGGCGCGACACGGAAGAGGGCCAGGACGUCCCGGGACACACGCGGAUCCUGGUGAGCGACGGCAUGCUCGACGAGUUUUACGUGAUUGCGGAGCGCGUCAGCAAAGGCGAAAGAGGCGCACAGGAGGCGGUGCGUGCCGCGCGCGAAGAGCCACCGCCGGCCAAUUCCCACCUGUCCCUGCUGGCGAUCGUCGAUUGCUGGCACGUCCUCGGCAUCGAUCCGUACCGCCACCUGGAGCUCGCUGCGACGCCCGUGUUCCGCAUGUGGAUCGGCGUCACGCAGAACCUGUUCCGCUCGCCCGAGCGCGUGCUCGCUGCCUGCAGGGCCGGCGUGUACGAUGUGAGCUUCCGCGCCGACGACUUGGAAUUCGUCGUCGCGGCUCGCGGCUGGGCGCAGGCCGUGCAGUUCGGCGGCUUUGACGUGUACCGCCGCCGCUUCGAGAUGACACGCGCCUUCUUCGAGCCGCGCCUCGCAGAAGCGAACAAGGUCGGCGCUGAAAUGCUGCGCGUCGUGUCGAUGCGAAACUAG